CGCUUGAGAGGUGUGUGCGACAAGGGCUACGGAGUACAGCGCCUGAUGCACGGUCCAUAUGUAGGACCAUUGAAUCGUUGGUACUGAUCCAAGCCCAUAUGGCAUAGUUCGUACAGCCGACUAUGUCCUUCACACGAAAGCACGUUGUAAUCGGGACUCCGGUACGAGAUGCUCAGCGACAUCAGCAAAACCAGCCCAUGGCCAGUGGCACCCGGCCAUCGCCACUGGACGGGCGUCUGACCACAUCAACAGGGACCCCUUCAUUGGACCAGUACCUUGCUGGACAUUUCGGGUUUCCGCUGGGGACUUCGCUACUAAUAGCGGAAUCGGGCACGACAGACUUCUCCGGGGUUUUGCUCAAAUAUUACGCAGCCGAGGGACUAGUACAGGGACACCAUGUUCAUCUCGUUGGACUAGACGAGUCCUGGCAAGCCGAGCUUCCCGGUCUGUCCCAGGAUGCCAACAUCAAUGAACCAACCUCCGCACAGCUUCCCGGAGACAAGAUGAAAAUUGCCUGGAGGUAUGAAGGACUGCGUGGGACCAGUAAAACAGAUACCGGAGAAUUUCGAGACAAUGUCCCGAGAGUCACCAGCCCAGGCGAAACGCCUUUCUGCCACCAUUUCGACCUUAGCAGCAAGCUUGAGCCUCGGAUGAGAAGGGGUCAGUUGCACUCCAUUCCCUUAGACUCAGCUAGCCGGUCUUCCAGGCGGAAAACCCCGAAUGUUCCUCCGCUAUACAGUUUUAUUGCGACCCUUGCAGAUAGCAUCGAAGCCUCUGAAAAAGGUUCGAUACAUCGCGUCAUUAUCACAAAUUUCCUUUCCCCAACUCUGUACCCCCAGGCAUAUUGUAAGCCUUCAGAAGCUCUACGGUUCGUACAUGGCCUGCGAGCUCUACUCCGUGAGUAUUCGGGCCAAUUAUCCGCCAUGUUAUCUCUUUCCACAUCACUGUACCCGACAUCGACGGGGUUUAUUAGGUGGAUGGAUAUUCUGUGCGAUGGUGUUUUGGAGGUGAUACCAACACAGUCGCCCGUGCACUCGCAGCUCGUCAUCGAGAAGCCGGAUACGUCAGCUCAGGGUAUCCUACGGGUCCAUAAGUUACCUAUACACAACGAGCGUGGAGGUGGUAUAGAGGGUCAGGCGUGUCGGGAGAAUCUAUCCUUCAAGUUAAGUCCCUCAAGUGGACUAACUAUCAAACCAUUCAGUCUCCCUCCGGUUCAUAAUACGGAGACGCUUCUAGGAGAUAUAAAAGAUAGUACUGUAUUAUUCUAAGAGGGGGUUAUAUAGCAGAUCUUUACGGCAUAGAAGGAUUAGUGUAUCGUAUCUGGCGUCAAAGCAAGUAUUCCGCAAGACCUAAAUAAAUCCACGCUGCG